AUGGAACCCCACAUCCACUUGGCUGUAGAGGUGAAUGGUCGAACCCACACGUCAAUUCUCAGGCUCCAUGUGGUCCGUUUCCCACUAUUUGCCACAGGGCAUAUAACAUAUGCUGAUCUCUUGCUGACUGAAGAUCCCGAUGGCUUCAGCACACAAACCAGCUUCUCGCACCCCAGGCCUGCCUGGUAUGCCGUGCGCUACGGCACCUCCUGGUGCUUGCAGUGGCUAGUGGAGCACGGAGCUGAUACCACGACUCCGGACCUCAAUGGCAACACCCCUGGACAGCUGGUCUAUCUCAACAAUCGGAAUGACCAACCUGAAAUGGAAUGGCUCGAGGCGGCGAUCAAGGGUGAGCUCACCGACAAGAAGAAUCAGCAAGCUCAGGAAUACAAGUUGAAGAAGUGGCGCUUCGAAGGCUUGGACGACAAGGCUGAAGAUUGGCUCGAUAAGAACAAGGCCAAGCAACGCAAGUAUAAGACGGGUGACUUUGCAGACCCUUAUCCUUUGCCACCCCCUGAGGAGCUUUGGGCCAAGAUGGAUUUGCCCCGAUCGACGAUCCCACGGCCACCGGCCAAGAGCAAGCCGCCUCUGCCAGUGGCCAUGCUCUUCCCGGGACAGGGCUCCCAGUACAAGGGCAUGCUUCAGAACUGCCUGGAAAUUCCAGCCGUCGAGAAGAUGCUGGAGCAGGCGGACAAAAUCCUCGGCUGGAGCGUGAAACAGCUCUGCCUUGAAGGUCCCGAAGAGCGCUUGGCCGAAACGAAGUAUUGUCAACCCAUCAUGUUCAUCGCCGGUGUGGCUGGAGUCGAACUCAUGAAGCAAACGAAGCAUGGGCUGCAGAAACGCGAGGGGAAGCGAGAAAUGGUGGAUCGGGUGCAGGCUGUCGCUGGCUUGAGCCUCGGUGAGUACACGGCACUAUGUGCUGCUGGAGUGCUGGAGUUUGAGGAUGGCACGGGUCUGCAGCUGGUGAAGCUUCGUGCGGAGGCCAUGCAGAAGGCCACCGACCUGGUGCCGCAGGCCAUGUGCUCCGUGGCGGGACUGGAUCGAAACACCGUGGACCGACUAUGUCGAGAAGCAAAGGACCUUGACAAGACCAGUUCCACCCCAGUGUGUCAAGUGGCCAACGUCCUGUUCCCUGCUGGCUUCACCUGUGGUGGUACCAAGAUUGCCAUUGAUAAGCUCUGCGAGCUGGCCACCAAGGAGCUCACGAAGGCGAUCGACGCCACCUUGCCGAAGAUGAAGCCGCCCAGGUGUGCUGUGUACUUCAACCUCACCGGAAAGAAGAUGCCUCCAGGCUCCAAGCCCUCAGACUUCGUGGAGUACAUGAAGAAGCAACUCACCGGUGAAGUGCUGUGGGAACAGACCGUGCGGCAGAUGGUCUUCGAUGGGGUCAAGGACUUCUAUGAGGUGGGCCCCUUGAAGCAGCUGAAGUCGAUGAUUAAGAGGCCGGCCCGCUCGCGAGAACCGCACCUACGGCCGGGGCGCGUUUUUGUUCGCUUCCGCUGCGUGACCGAUCAGAUAGAUCAGGAUGCCUUCAAGCGGACCGAGAACAUUCCAGUCGAGGCGCUGCGGAAACGGGCCGCCCAGAGCCAGGGCCUGACCACUGCGCGCUUGGUGGCCACAGCGUCUGCGGCGUUGGCCGCGGCGCGGAAGAACCGGAGCGGUUGCGAGAGUCCACGAGCCCUGCGGAGAAGCUUCUCGUGGCUCUUUGGCAAGGGCGGAGAAGAUGCGGCGCGCUGGUGGCGCCACCAUCCGCGCGCAGGGGAUCUUCUCAUUGGUUGGGUGAUGCAUCCGACAUUGACCCAAGGCAAUAAGCUGGACUUAGAGGUGGACUUCGCGUCCUCCACUGGCGGCCUUUGGCGCUCGAGAGCCUUGAACUUUCAAGGCAAGUUUCACUCCAAAGUGGAGGAUGCCAAGCUCAUCUUACAGGAUGACGUGACCAAACUGGAAGGGCGCAUGGAACAUGAAUCCUUGGGCAUUGAAGGCUAUGUGAUCCACGAGAGGGAAUCCGGAGGAAAGUUCAUCCUGCGCCCGUUGCCCGAGUGUUACCGAGAAUGGUGGUCUCAAGUGAAAGGAAAGCUGAGACCCGAGGAGCGACCGGACUUGAUCGUCAUUGGCGAAGAGGGCUUCACCGAGACACCGGAGGACACCACGGAAUACCCGGACUUCUCCUCACCGGAGCAGCUCCGCAAGUUCCUCAUGCGGCGCAUCUCGCAGCAGAUGAACGGACAAAGGCGCUCCUCGGGCGGGACGAACAAGGAGAGCAAACGCGAGGAGAUCCUGGGGAAGUUCUCCUUCCGGCCAGAUGAGGUGAAGACCUACCUGGAUCGCUACGUGAUUUGUCAAGACGCCGCGAAGGAGAUGCUCGCGGUGGCCAUUUGUGAUCACUACAACCGUGCCAAGGAAGAGUUGCAUUUCCCCGUGGGGCCGCGCGAGGCAGAGGGCGAGGAUGUCAAGCCAGAGGAAGCAAGUCAAGGCCCAUCCACUGCAGAAACCACCGAAUCGACCUCAACUGAAGAAGCGACCUCCCCGACGGACCACCCGAAGAAGGCGGCGAAAAGGGCUGAAGAAGCUCCAGAGCAAGGAGGGUCAUGCCCCGAGAUCACGGAGAAAGCGGAGAGCGUUUGCUUUACGGAUACGGACGGCGAUGUGAUUCUCUUGCAGCUCGAGGGUGACCAGUUGGUGGAAUACGUGAAUGGUGAGUUGGAGAUCGAGCACGUCAAGCAGUUUGACAUUAACCUGGAAGAAAGGACCUACAGCGACCAAGACGGGUCUGGGAACUUCAAGGAGGAUGCAGAUGUGAUUGAACUGAAGCGCAGCAUCGACCGAAUGCUGGCCCGUGCUGCCAAAGCGUCCUUAUUGAAGCCCAAGAGGGUGAAGAAUUUCACAAAGCCCAACAUUCUUUUGCUUGGACCAACUGGAAGUGGCAAAACCUACCUGCUCAGGAAUUUGGCCGAUUUGAUCGGCGUCCCCUUCGUCAAAGCCGAUGCGACCAAAUUCACCGAGACCGGCUAUGUGGGCCGCGAUGCGGACGAGGUCAUGGGUGAAUUGCUUCAAGCCGCAGAUGGCGACGUGGAGCUCGCACAGGUGGGGAUCGUCUAUGUGGACGAGAUCGACAAGGUGUGCUCCGAGGGAGAACGCGGAAGCUCUUCCUUCAGGCGGGCCACUCAAAGCACCUUCCUCAAGUUGAUGGAGGACACGGAAGUCACCGUGGCGUCGCCGAAUCGGAUGAUGCUGGGCGCGCUCGAGAAGGGCGUGAAGAUGUCCACCAGGCAUGUGUUGUUCGUGUUCUCCGGAGCCUUCAGCCAGCUGGACGAGAAGCUGAAAGAGGAGUACAAGAAGGACAUGAAGGGCUUUGGCUUCACCAACAGCGGGUCCGACCAGCUGGAAGAGGUCCAAUCCAUGCUGCACAAGGCAGACACGGACGAGUUGGUGAAAGCAGGUAUGGAGAGGGAAUUCGUGGGAAGGCUUCCGGUGCGAGUGGCACUGCAAGCCUUGUCGCAGGAUGACCUGUUCCAAGUCCUUACGAAAGCAGAAGAUGGAGCAACUGCGCAGCUCACCGAUGACUUCCGUCGCUAUGGCAUUGAGCUCCGCUUCUCCGAGCCGGCCCUGCGGGCAGUAGCUGCGAAGGCGGCCAAGGAGGGCACUGGUGCCAGAGCCUUGGUGUGGGAGCUUAGUCUCAAACGGGAAGAACUGGACAUUGGGACGCGAAAAUGCUGGGGAAGAUGGGAGGAUAUUGUGCUCGCAUCAUAG